AUAACCUAUUAGGAUUUUUUUUAUUUUAAUUUUUUUUUUUUUUUGGUGGGCAACUAUCACCCCAGAGGUAAAGAGGGAGAGAGAAGCACCGCCAGACCAACUCUUGUCAUUUCCAGUAAGAAGUUGCAGACUUCAUGUAGCUGGCUCUGCUCUGCCGAGGGAGGGAUGGAAAUCGUGUGCAGUGCAGAGUGGAAAAUACCCCCGGUCUAAAGAAGUGCACCGGAUUUUUGCUUGCUGUUUGUUUGGGUUGUUGCGUGCACGUUAAACGCCCGAAGGAUCGCCGCUCAAUAGAAAUGAAACGUGGAGAGGAUGACUAACGACAGAACUGUGAAUUUGUUCCCUGGAGUUGCUAAUUUGCCACCCCGAAGCAACACAUAUCUCAAGGAGGACGCGUUUGGCUGCUGCUGAUUUCUCCAAAACUGGUGGUUUACCAGAUGCAUUGUGCUGUAUCUGCUGGAACAGAUCAUUGCUUAGCUGCAGCAGAUCGUCAAAGGUAGACAGCCAACUGCUGUCUCCAAAUAAGAAAUGAGAUGUAAUGCAUCCUGCAGUCCAUGCAUGCCUCCUCUUGCAAAUCGCACAUCAUUCCUCUCUGGAAACCUUUAAGUCCUAAAAUCCGGGAAAAGAGAAUAAAAACAUUAUCAUGGACCUGAGGGAUUUUUACCUGUUGGCCGCUUUGAUUGCCUGUUUAAGGCUGGAUUCUGCUGUAGCUCAAGAACUUAUUUACACUAUUAGAGAGGAGCUGCCUGAAAACGUACCCAUAGGGAACAUACCAAAGGACCUGAACAUUUCUCACAUCAACGCUGCCACGGGGACCAGUGCCAGCCUUGUCUACAGACUGGUGUCUAAAGCAGGGGAUGCCCCUCUGGUCAAAGUGUCCAGUAACACCGGGGAAAUCUUUACGACAUCUAACAGAAUAGACAGAGAAAAACUCUGUGCUGGAGCUUCCUAUGCAGAAGAAAACGAGUGUUUCUUUGAACUCGAAGUGGUGAUUCUCCCCAAUGACUUUUUUAGGCUGAUCAAAAUAAAAAUCAUUGUAAAGGAUACUAAUGACAAUGCACCCAUGUUUCCAUCCCCUGUCAUCAAUAUCUCCAUCCCAGAAAACACUCUGAUCAACAGUCGCUUUCCAAUCCCAUCAGCAACAGAUCCCGACACAGGUUUCAACGGUGUGCAGCACUACGAGUUGUUAAACGGGCAGAGUGUCUUUGGACUGGAUAUUGUAGAAACUCCUGAAGGAGAGAAAUGGCCUCAGCUGAUCGUGCAGCAGAACUUGGACAGAGAGCAAAAGGACACCUACGUGAUGAAAAUCAAGGUGGAGGAUGGAGGUACCCCCCAGAAAUCCAGCACAGCCAUCCUGCAAGUCACAGUAAGUGAUGUCAAUGAUAACAGGCCAGUGUUUAAAGAGAGUCAAGUAGAGGUUCAUAUACCAGAGAAUGCCCCUGUAGGCACUUCUGUAAUUCAGCUUCAUGCUACAGAUGCAGAUAUAGGAAGCAAUGCAGAAAUCAGAUACAUUUUUGGUGCCCAGGUCGCCCCUGCAACGAAAAGAUUUUUUGCUUUAAACAACACCACAGGGCUGAUUACAGUUCAGAGGUCCUUAGAUCGAGAAGAGACUGCUAUUCACAAAGUGACGGUGCUGGCUAGUGAUGGUAGCUCUACACCGGCCCGGGCAACCGUUACCAUCAAUGUCACUGAUGUAAACGAUAACCCUCCUAACAUAGACCUCAGGUACAUAAUAAGUCCCAUCAAUGGCACAGUGUACUUAUCUGAGAAAGAUCCCAUCAAUACAAAGAUUGCCCUAAUUACGGUUUCAGAUAAGGACACUGAUGUGAAUGGCAAAGUGAUCUGUUUCAUUGAGAGAGAGGUCCCCUUCCACUUGAAGGCCGUUUACGACAACCAGUAUUUGUUAGAGACCUCUUCCCUGUUGGACUAUGAAGGCACCAAAGAAUUCAGCUUUAAAAUUGUUGCUUCUGAUUCUGGCAAGCCCAGUUUGAACCAGACUGCCCUGGUAAGAGUUAAACUGGAGGAUGAAAAUGACAACCCUCCGAUUUUCAGCCAGCCUGUAAUUGAGCUGUCAGUUUCUGAAAACAACCGGCGUGGUCUAUACUUAACAACUAUUAGUGCCACAGAUGAAGACAGUGGGAAAAAUGCAGACAUUGUUUAUCAGCUCGGCCCUAAUGCCUCCUUUUUCGAUCUGGAUCGAAAGACAGGAGUUUUGACAGCCUCCAGAGUUUUUGACAGAGAAGAGCAGGAACGUUUCAUUUUCACUGUUACAGCCCGAGACAAUGGCACCCCUCCUUUGCAGAGUCAAGCAGCUGUAAUUGUUACUGUGUUGGACGAAAAUGACAACAGUCCCAAAUUUACUCAUAAUCACUUCCAGUUUUUCGUAUCGGAGAACUUACCAAAGUAUAGCACGGUGGGGGUGAUCACGGUGACCGAUGCGGAUGCUGGGGAAAAUAAAGCUGUGACCCUUUCCAUCCUGAACGACAAUGAAAACUUUGUGCUGGAUCCGUACUCUGGAGUUAUAAAGUCCAAUGUUUCUUUUGAUCGAGAACAGCAGAGCUCCUACACCUUUGAUGUUAAGGCAGUGGAUGGAGGGCAACCUCCUCGCUCUUCUACAGCAAAAGUAACCAUAAACGUCAUGGAUGUUAAUGAUAACAGCCCUGUUGUCAUCUACCCACCUUCUAAUACUUCUUUUAAGCUAGUGCCACUCUCGGCAAUUCCAGGAUCGGUGGUAGCCGAAGUCUUUGCUGUGGAUAUAGACACUGGCAUGAAUGCCGAGCUUAAGUACACAAUUGUAAGCGGAAAUAACAAGGGUUUGUUUCGGAUUGAUCCGGUGACAGGUAAUAUCACUCUGGAAGAAAAACCAACUCCUAAUGAUGUGGGGCUGCAUCGCUUAGUUGUCAACAUAAGUGAUUUGGGUUAUCCCAAAUCCCUGCAUACUCUCGUGCUUGUAUUUUUGUAUGUAAAUGAUACUGCUGGAAAUGCCUCUUAUAUUUAUGACUUGAUACGCAGGACUAUGGAAACGCCUUUGGACCGGAACAUAGGGGACAGUAGCCAGCCCUACCAAAACGAGGACUAUCUCACGAUCAUGAUCGCCAUUGUGGCGGGUGCCAUGGUUGUCAUAGUGGUGAUAUUUGUCACGGUUCUCGUUCGCUGUCGACACGCAUCCAGAUUCAAAGCCGCCCAGAGGAGCAAGCAAGGUGCUGAGUGGAUGUCUCCCAAUCAGGAGAACAAGCAAAACAAGAAAAAGAAAAGGAAGAAAAGGAAAUCUCCGAAGAGCUCUCUUUUGAAUUUUGUGACCAUUGAGGAGUCCAAACCUGAUGAUGCAGUUCAUGAACCUAUCAAUGGGACAAUAAGCCUUCCAGCAGAGCUGGAGGAGCAAAGUAUAGGAAGAUUUGAUUGGGGCACAGCACCACCAACAACCUUUAAGCCUAACAGUCCUGACCUUGCCAAGCAUUACAAAUCUGCCUCUCCGCAGUCUGCUUUUCAUCUCAAACCUGACACUCCAGUUUCAGUGAAAAAGCACCACGUGAUUCAGGAACUCCCGUUGGACAACACCUUUGUUGGUGGUUGUGACACCCUUUCCAAACGCUCUUCCACUAGUUCAGAUCACUUCAGUGCCUCAGAGUGCAGUUCCCAAGGAGGCUUCAAGACAAAGGGCCCCUUACACACCAGACAGGCACUGAAUUUUGGAGAUAUGCCGAAGUACUUGUGGGAGAUUUGGGUACCUGACAAACCAUGGGUGUCCCAGCGCCGUGUUACAUUUCACCUCCCCGAUGGCUCCCAGGAAAGCUGCAGUGACAGUGGUCUGGGAGACCACGAGCCGGUGGGUGGUGGAACCCUGAUCUCACACCCUCUCCCUCUGGUUCAGCCGCAGGACGAAUUCUACGACCAGGCUUCACCGGACAAGAGGACUGAAGCUGAUGGCAACUCUGACCCCAACUCGGAUGGGCCUCUUGGGCCACGUGGAUUAGCUGAAGCUACAGAGAUGUGUACUCAAGAAUGCCUGGUUUUGGGUCACUCAGACAACUGUUGGAUGCCUCCCAGCUUGGGCCCAUACCAACAGCCAAAGUCUCCUCUCUCCACCUUUGCACCUCAGAAAGAAUGGGUUAAGAAGGACAAACUAGUUAAUGGACACACAUUGACCAGGACCUGGAAAGAAGAUAGCAACAGAAACCAGUUCAGUGACCGAAAGCAGUAUGGUUCCAGUGAGGGCCAUUUCAACACUGGUAACCACAUGACUGACAUUCCUCUGGCCAACUUGAAGUCUUAUAAACAGGCCUCAGGAGCUGUUGAGAGUCCAAAGGAGCACCAGCUAUAAGAAAUGUUUACUUUGGACCAAUGACUUUAGCCUACUUAGACUUGCUAAUACUGUGUGUGUGUCAGAGCUUUAUGUACUGGGUAGACCUCUAGAACUAUGCUUCACCUAGCAGAGAUAUGCAUAUCUUUAUGUUAGCACCGUGGAAGGUAUGAUGUCCUGCAACAUGAAAGAGUGUUUCUACUAGUUGUGUGGUUUUGUUAAAUAGACAUGAUUACAAUCUGCAGAGAUCUCUCCAGUUGGCAAAUAUCCUUUUUUUGUUUUUUUUUUGACCCUGGACUGCUGCUAUGAACAACAGAAGAUGCAUUUGGAGAGUGAGAGAGCGAGAAAGUUCAGUGGAUUGCAAUGGUUGAAAAGCAUAUCCAGUUAGAAAAUCGUGCUUUUGUUGUCAUUGAUCUAUGCUGGGACUGUUAUACUUGAGAUCAUAUUGCAAACAAAACAACUGAAACUGUAAACAUUAAACCUAUUGUGCUAUUAACAAUGUUAGUGGACACAAGUCGAUCAGUGUUCAAAUACUUGUAAAUAGAAACAAUUAUUACUUACAAUUUUUGUGUACUUAUAAUGUUCACUUGAAAAGAUACUGUAGCAUAUUUCUGUGUUUCACAGUUGCUUUUUACUUUCUUUCAUUUGCUUCCUGUUGUUUUGCUUUUAUUUUCAGUGAUGGUGUUUCUGUGUUAGUAGUCUGUCUGACACACAAUGUUCCAAGGAACUCAAAACACUUGUUAAAAGUGAAAAAAGGAGUGAUAGGGUGGGAGGAAAGGUUGGUUGUAGAAAGGAAAAAAAAAAAAGAUUUUUCUUUCUAUGUAGUAGCAAAUGAUGCCAGCAUUCAGGUAGAAUUUCUUCUUCUUUCUUUCUUUUUGUUUUUUAAUAUUAAGAGAUGAAAGGACUUGUGUAAGGGCUUAAAAAUUUAGCAAAUUUUUUUUAAUAUUCCAUUGUGUUUCAUAAAACAAGGAAACUGCAAAACAAAAUAAGAAUAUUUAAAUUUGUGGUGGUGGGUGAGAGGGAAAGCUGUUGGAAUCCUUGAUCAAAUUAGCUGCAGUCUGUCAUUUAAUGAGUGGUAGCUGACAUUGAUCUCAGCUGGAAUAUACGGAGGAAGUUCUACAGGAGCAAAAUACGAUAAUCAGGUUUUUCCAAUUGGGCAGGUGUGUGUCUAUACCUAAGACAGUUUGUAUUGCUGAAACAGCAGCAUUUGUGUUGAUCUUCAUCUGCGUUAAUGUUGUAGUAACACAAGUGUUUUUAGACCAUAGCCACAGAAUAUUUAAUGUGUUGUGCCUUCAUGAUGUAACAGAGCAUUCUCCUGGUAGGCUAGUUGGGGGAACUAAAGGGUUAAAUCUCUAAUUAUUGCUGUUUAACUGUUUGUUAUCAUAGUUGGUCAAUGCCUGGCAGGUACCAGUAUCAUGUCACCUCAGUCAAACCAGCAGAGUGACUCCUAAUGUUAAUAAGAUCUAAGUUGCACGCAAAGCAAAUCCAAAUCCAAACAUUUUUAGAUGGUUUUUGUUAAGGCAUGACAGAUGAUUUACACAAAUAAAUAGCAUGCAAAAAAAAAAAAGAAAAAAAAAAGUCCUUACAGAAAAAAGCAAAAGUUACUUAUGCCACAGUGAAACAUCAGUCUUAAAGUAACAAACUUAGCUAAUCUGAAGGUGAUUUUAUUCUUACCAAAAACACAAGCUUUUUUUUUUCUUCUUUAUUCUUUUGUAUAUAGCAGUUAACUUUUUUUUUACUUUUUUUUUUCCCUCCACAUUAUAAAAGGCAUAAAAAUGGGUUAGGGGUGCAUUGCUUAUUGCAGUACUUAUGUCAGUUUGUGAGGGGUGUUUGAUGACUUUGACAGAAUAAAUAUCUAACCAGUUAUCCUUGUUACUGCUUUGCCAGUUCAACGUUAUUUAGUUAUUCAGCUCUUGCAAUAAAUGUUCUGAAUUCCUGAUUGUGUUGUGUUAGUUCUUGGGCAGAUGCCUAAGGGACUUUAUUCCUGUUAAUUUCUCUUUCUUUCUGUUGUUGUUGGUUGGUUUGUUUCUUUGUUUCAUUCUGAAUUUCCAGUUAUUUUUCUAAGCAUAUCAUGGUCCAUUUGGUUCAUAUAGAUGUAUAUAAGAAUGGCAUAUACAACAAGUGAUAAAUGCUGGGGGCCAUAUUCUGUCAUUCCUAUGGUAAGUACAAAUUUAUUCAAAAUGCGUUAUUUGAAUUGGGUAAAGUGUUACUUACCCAGCACAAAGGUGACAGAAUCUAGCCCAGAUUUGUUAGGCAUACUUAAGCACACGUAAUAAGCAUCCUUGCAUGAGUCUUUGUAACAGUGCAGUGGUAGCAUAUAGAAAAGUCAGCAGUUACCAUGCCUCAGUCUUUCUUUUGAGAGUAGAAUAAAGUCAUAUCAAAAUAUGGAAAAUACUUUCUCACAAGGAAAAUUUGUGUGGUUAUAUAAUCACUUUUGUUGCAGCACAGUAAAGAAAAGAGAAAAGAAAAAACUAAAAAGAAGCCGAACAACCUUGAAAAAGACAUAUCAAUAAAAGUAACCUAUUUUGGAACAUGCUGAGUUUUAAAGCAGAGGUGCCCGGAGUUCUAUAUUAAAAACAGAAAUACAAUAAUUAUUUGAAAACCCAAAUAGCACCAACUAUUUUAGAUUAUGAGUGCCUUUUUAAACAGAAUAUAUUUCAAAACUUUCUAUCAUGUAAAUGAUGUGACUGUUGCUACAGAAAGAGAACUGUAUUAUGUUCCAACCUUCAAUACUUUGUGCUGCCAUCAGCCUGUGCAGGAGGAGCACAAACAAAUAUUUAAAUUUCUAGCAGGUGAAAAUUUUCUCAUAUAAUUUUCUCAAAUUCUGUCUAAUUUUAGAUUCUUAAGGCCUCACCCAACUUUGAAGUAGUUAUUAAAAAAAAAGACAGGAGAGAAAGAAAGUAAAGAAAGCAAAGAAAGAAAAGAAAGUGAGAAAGAAGGAGAAAGAGAGAAAGAAAGAAGGAAGGAAGGAAAGAAAUAUCUGCAGCACUGAGAACUGUAUCUUAAUCCCAUUUAAACCAAAGGAAUGUUUCCCCAAAGGAAUGUUUCCAUGGAAUCUGGACUUGGCCCUAAACAUAUAUUCAGUAAGUGCCCAUUCAUUCACAAUCAUUUGGUUUGCUUAAUCAGUAAUACUCGUACUGCUGUCUAAAACUCACAGACUAAGAAAAAAAAAAGAAAAAGAAAGAAAAGAAAAAAGAAAAAAAAAGGAAAUAAAAGGAAAAAAAAGGAAAGGAAAGAAAAGAAAGGUUAAAUCCUGACAGGAAUUUAGUGAUAUGUCAGAUGAGGAGCUUUAAAAAAAAAAAAAAAAAAAAAAAAUCCCCCAAAUCCCACUGCACAGAAUGCGAAGGCAGCUGAAUAUUGGUGACUAUUCAAGUUUACUAACUUUGAGGCUAAAUAUUACUUAAAAUCAUUGAUAACCUGGCAUGAUAUGGAUGCCUCUGACGCCAGGUCUAGCUUUCGUUCUUCAGCUAGGAAGAUUGGGUGCCCUUUAUUUAUUUAUUUCUUACUGCACACUUUUGAAGGACUGCUAAAAAGAUGAUAAACCAAAGGUUUCUUCAAUAGUCCUUUAUAUUCACUGUCACUGACCAAAGCCCUUUGUCCAAAUAGAAAAUGGAAAGCAUGCAUAGAUAGAGUUAUUUACUCCUACUUAAUCCUAUGCUGUGCCAGCUCUGACUAAAGAUCGAGCAGUCAGGACCUCCUUCCCAAGCAACUAUCUGAAGGCAGACAAAGAAAUAUGUGGAGCAGAAUUAAGGAGGAUGCAGAAAUAUACAUCAAUUUUAACAAAUAGAUAUGAAGAAAAUAAUAUUCACAUUACUUGCUUAAUAUGAUUAUUACCUUUUAGCAAGUUAUUGAUAGGAAUCAUGAUCAGAAAGAAUCUUAAGGACUUGCGCACGGAGUAGACUAAUGGAGGAACUCGGGAAGCUUUGGAUACAUAAAUAGCAGGAGAUGUGUAUCUGUGUGAGAGGAAAGAACAGGAGCGAUAAAGACUGAUGUAGCUGACAUGAGAAAGCAAAGAAAUAGGGAAAAGAGGAUCACAACAUCAAUCAGAAGUUUAAUCUUGGAAUGUUUUGAACAAAGGGAGGCACUAGUAGCUUUAAUGAAAGAGAAGGACACAGUGAGAAUCAUGGGACAUGGCCAUAGGUGAUGUCAGGGGAUCUGUGGAACUCAUGACAUGACAAAAGGCAUAGGGGUAGGGUCGAAUAGCCUUAGGCAGUAGCAUCUGAUGCCUCAAAAUAAGCUACAAAAGUAUUCCUACUGGCAUGUAGGUGGUGACACCACAGCAGUGGUGUCAUAUCUGGUUCAGACAGAAGAACAAGUAGACUGUGAUGACUGAUUUCCCAUGACCACAAAACAUUUACCUGGUUCAGCUGAUAAAACUUUCUUAUGGCGUGUAUCCUUCCUGUAAAGUAAAAUAAGCAGUAGGAGUUCUCUACAGCAUGUGCGCUCACACGUGCUAAUUCAGACAGCAAAAGCAACUGAGUAGUCAUGGCAUUAUCUCUGAAGGCUCAAUUCUUUCCUGUUUAAUAUACUUCUUCAGCAGAACUAUGUUCCAAAGUCUCGACUUUAUUUUAUAUGCUUGCAGUCCUUGCUGCUGUGAUGAAAAACUUCAAACUGGAAACCAAUUCUAGAGCAGAGCAAGGCGUUUUAGUAUACAUAAACCGUGAUACAGUGUGACCCAGAGGUGUGAAUCAGCUCAGUAUAUCAUGGACAGUUAAGUUCUAACUCAAUUAAUAUUAGUUUUAUUAACUUUCACUGCUGAUCACCUUAGUGGACACAUCCAUCAAAUAUAAUUACCCCAUAAUCCAAAACCACCUUUGACUUUUCUUCUUCUUCCAGAACUCUCAUUGGUAGAUUCUUCCUUGUAAAAUUGUAAGAUAUCCUUUAUCACACAUUACUUAAGUAGAUUGAUUUUUUUUCCAGUUUGGCUUCUCUGAAAUACAAUACGUUAUAUAAAUCAGCUGCUUAUAUUAUAAACUGCUUUUCUUGUGAGAGCCCAUCCUAUACUUUGUUUUCAACCAGUUGAGCAUAGUAGGAUUGUAACAUAAAAGGCCAGAUUCUGAUCCUUCAAGAUUUAUUGAACCUCUUACAAAGCAAAAUAUCAGGACCUGUCCCAUAAGUAGUAACAGAAAUAUCAAGUCCUUUAGUAUGUAAUGGACUAGUAAAUGCUUGAGAAGAAGCAAAUUUGUAAUUUCUAGGUUUUUAAAACACAAUGUAGUUUAUUUAUAAACUGAAAUUAAUGCUAAUAAAUGCAGAAUUAGAAGGUCUUUUUUUUUUUUUUUUUUUAGUUGAUAUAGACAUAUUACUUCACUGGACAGUAGUAAAACUUAUGUGCUGAUAUGUAUCCUCAUCGUGCCAAAUACUGCGCAGCUCUUUUGAGACACUGAGUGCACUUAAUUUCUUUAGAACACAGUGGUAAGCAUCCUCUUGUAGGAGAAGCUCAGCAUUUCACGGGACUGGGUCCACAAUGAGAAGAAUAUCACAGACAUGCAUAUCAUAUGCUAAGUUUUGAAGCAAGAAUGCUUUCUCUAACUGCAACAUCUCAUGGCUCUAACUACAGCUUUAAGUUUAUACUGCUACCUAAUUGUGCAAUAGUAAAUGUAUGUCUUUAACUACCAGAAAGGAUCUCAGAUUCUCACUGUAUAUUAUGAAAAGAAAGAACUGAAAGAAAGUAAUUGCCCUCAUUUUUAAAAAUAAGUUUGUUUGGUUUUUUUCACCACAGCCAUUCUUAAAUCCACCUGUUGUGCCUAGGUAUUGCAACACAUUCUAAUAUUGCAUGGCAUGUAAAUAGAUACCUUAAUUACUCAUAAUGAUAUGAUUAUAUACACAUAUAUAUAUAUAGAUUAUAUAUAUAUACUUAAAUAUUAUAAAUCACAUAAUUAGUAUUAUUUAAUGGAAUUUUGGGACUAUGGAUUUUGUUGUUUGAUGUACUUUAAACUGUAUAAAGCAGCAUAAUCUUAAGACUACCCUCACCAAUGCUUUUGAUUAUUUAUUCAUUAAAUAAAGUGCUUUCCUUUGCUUGUUAUAAUCCUGUUUGUACAACCAUGUGAUAAUGUUAAAAUGGGUAAGUACUGUACGGGAAUUAUAACUGUUUCUUUUCUUGUCUAAAUAUAUACCUAUAACAAUA